AUGCUCCGAAAUGACAAAAACUAUCGGAAGUUAGUCAAGAAACAGGCGAAGGACCUGGAAAUGCUGCGCCGACGACAUGAAAAGGAGGCCUCCACCAUGCUUCGGGCUCACACCAUCCUCACUGAUAAACUGAAUGCGGCGCACGCCAAGGCGUCUUCUGGGCAUAGAGGCGCCCCACAGAAGUACGUGGUUCACAUUUUCUGUUUUCAUUUGAAUUGUUUGGCCCAGUACUUGCGUUGUCCUACUACUUGAACCUCACCUAGCUCUUUUUAUUUGGCUGGAGGAGGUUAUUUGGUCCACACACACACGUUGAUACGCAUCAACACCAUCCUCUCGGAUUUAUAGCGGGGGGGGGGAAGGGGGUCAGUCUGGGGUUGUGACCUAAUCUCCUGUCUGGGAACUCUACAUGAAGGGAGAUCUUCCAAGCCGCUGAGCCAUACGCACUCGGAGGAUUCGAUUUCAUAGUCAGCUAAUCAACGUGACGAAUUGUUACUUUCUGAGGUUCAUCGUCCCUCUCCUCACCGCGUUUUACCUGUCAUGCUCGAGAACUGGGGAGUGAGAAGGUUUAAAUUGAGGAUAAUGGACGUGACCCCAGUCCCCCACUCUCUCUUUCCCCCUUCAGCCAUCUUUCUCUAACUCAACAGCUUCAGUUCAACCCUUGAGGAGCGAUCAAUCCCCUCACUUUCCCUCUCUUAAAUGUUCAACUGCCCUGGCCAAUUGGCUAAGCCAUGACUUUUAAGCGGUUACUGUAAUCCAUCCCUGACCAAUCCCUCCCUCCCAAGCAUACCCGGGAUGGUAUCGGUAAUCCCUGCCUGUGCCUUGGUAUGGCCGCAAUCAUGUCUGAUCCAACCCCGUAUGAUGUUGCGAAUUGUACCUCUCCACGCGGGGGGAUCUGCAACAGCGAAUCUGGGAGCAAGAGAUCAAGGGCCACCAGCAUGUCUCGGCGGACAGCGGUAAACCAGAUUUUCUUUUGAUCUCAACUUCGGCGCCUCCAAGUGGAUUAGCAACAUAGGAUUGAGACGCUAAACCCAUGACUUGGCCACGAAUAACGCGCCUAAACCACCUCAACCGUUUUUUGGAUGACCUGAGACACUUUCGCGAUACGGUUGUGGCGAGUGCGUACCGUCUUACUGGAGAUGAAAUAGGCUCUCAGGCAGAUAUGAUCAAUCACCUCCAAUCUAACUGCAUCUUCCACACCCAGAUGCCCACUACACGCAAAUAUUUGUGGCGAUUGUCAUAUCCCGGCGGAACCAUGCGAACUCAAGCUAUGAUAUCAUCUGGAUCCAGUUCCUUUUGGCAGUAACUUCGCUCGCAGUAUGUGAGUUUGUCCAGUCCCUCUAACUGACGGAGGGUUUCUCCCUCUCGAUCAGAGACGCACUUUGGAAAAAAUGUUAGUAUUUCCACUGUUAACUGAUUCCACGACUUUGUCCACCCCUGACAUUGCAAUUUGCAGGUCAUCAUAGCUUAAUGCUAGCAGUGCGAUAUGAUCAGCGUAGUUAAAGUCAGUCAACUGGCAUCCGAAUGCAGAUUUCACACGGUCGAAAUCAGGAAGAUGCCUUUCGCGAAUAUAAUUAAUGGCUAUGGAAGAUGGGUGACUUGAAUUCAACCCUGUCCGAAGCCAGACCGAAUGCCGAACGAUUGUUACACACCAGAAUGUGCGCAGGCCUUGAUCGUAGCGAUAAUUUUUGCCAGCAUACCGUCUUCCUCUUAUUCACCACAGAUAUUUACGAUGAAUUGAAUAGAAUGCUGCAGCAAAUUCAAUAAGACAGACGGUCAUAGGUUGCUGGUAGCCAUGGAGUACUUUAGAAAUGUAUGCGGCUUAUGUAGUUGGUCAAUACACCCACACUCAACUGGGAGAUAGACUGGACUGGGCCGCGUCAUCGAGUCACACACCCUUUCAAAUGGCCUGAAAAUGACGAUGGCAAAGGCCUUUGCAACACCGUCGAUACACUGCAACAGUUCUUGCGGAAAUUUGCCCUGUAUUCCUGCUUGAAGACAGACACAAGCAUUGCCUAGUCCCUGUCAUCCGGAUCGAUCUCGCCUCCGUCCUGUUUGUUAAAGUACCUCGUGGGAUUUGGACACCAGAGUACCGGCGCAGGACUUGUUGCCUUUGUUGCGGAUGCCGCUCUCCGUGAGUGUCAUGUGGUUGCGCAGCCUCAAUAACGCAUCGAUGGGAAGGAGGGUCACAGGACAAAGCGUAAGUUGAAAAAGGAUGGAACUCCGCACUGGGGAUGAUGGGUUGGCUUUUGAAGUUUAAGAGGCGUUCCAAGUGCGUACGCAAGCGUGCGACAUUGUUCUCGUUGACGGCGAUAAGGGCGGCAUUCACAGGGUGAACAUAGUCACUCAGCGCAGGAGACCGACCACAGAUUUGGCGAAUAGAUUGGUAGGGUUUUCGAAUGCCGUCGUCCCUCUAAGUCUGCUCCAUGUUAGUGGCUAUUCCGGCCCAGGGGUUCCUGCAGUCAUCUCUAGUCGACUUUGGAGUUACUUUUCUGGCCUGAUGGAGGCAAUCCGCAUUUGCGCGACCCUGCUGCGAAAUGACAAAGUACAACGGAUAUUAGUUAGGAAAAAGACUAAGAACUUGGAAGCGCUGCACCGACGACAUGAAAAGGAGGCCAUCACCAUGCUUCGGGCUCACCCCGUCCUCACCGACUCAAGUUUCAGGGUGAUAUCAGAGUUCUCAGGGCCUCGACUCCGAUGGGUUGACCCAAUUUUAGGACACGAAGGCCUCUUGUAUGGGAGAUUUUGCAAGCACGGAGGUGCGAUGAAGUUUUAUGCGUGAACAGUCAAGUAGCCGGUGCAACCCACAGACGUUGUCAGGUUCGAUUCCUGUAGUCGGUCCGACUGAUUGUGCAGCUGUCGCCUGUAUUCCUGCUCAACAGCUGUUUGACACGAUGAUAGAAGCACGUAUUGGCGACAACCAGCCGGUUCUGAUCGACGAAGUUUAACUUUAUUUCGCCAUUGUUGCACUGAGAACAAAGCCCAGUGGCCAAUGAGGUGAAUGUUGGGGGAGUCGCCUGGACCAGCGUUACAAGUUCAGGCUUCAGCGGUAAUCAGUAAAUCACGCUGGUGGCGUCGUUUAGCCAAUUCUUGCCGUUGCGAGUGAACAGUUUCUUCAUUCCUCUGAUAGGCAGUUGAUGUUGGCGCGUAGACAGAAACGACGUAGUUGUUAGUAAGGUGCCCCCUAGCAGCUAUCUGGUCAUUGACUGGUUUCCACGCAUUCACUGCAUGCUUCGCUUGUUGUGGGAGGUUGGUCGCCGUACUGCGUCUACCGGAGGAGUUGCUAAGGCCGCAAUAAUAUAAGUUGAAAUGGGAGCUAACUCCCGGAAUCUUGACGUUCCAAAAGGCUUAGUCAGGGAAUCAGACAGGUGGCAAACAUCCUGGUUUUGUCGAUGGAGAAUUCAGGCCGUCAGAAUUCGGCCAUCAGUGUCGAAGAUUUUCCGCACAUUACAUCAACUAGCACCAAGAGUACGUUCCCAAUCGGGCAUCCCAGCUCGCACUCCGCUCGCGCUACUAGAGCCUGUUGGUUCCAGCCUGUUCGGGGUUGUCUCCUCUUGUGGCUUUGACUUGUGGGCUUGAUCUCAGGGCAGUGAUGACAAGAAAAGCUAUUUGAUGAUGGCUCGCGGUCGCCAUUUUAGAGUGCCGUCGCCGAGCUUCGCCACAGUCGCACUGCAGAGACCUCGGCCUCCCCGCGCCCUAGGAGCACAUUUCAACACACAUGCCCUCCCCGGCGUGUCCCAAUCAAACCUACUGUAUCCUGUUCAUCAAGAGUGGCAUUUUCAACAACAACAAAACAACAAUAAAGACCAACAACAACCUUCCAUUCUUUUCUGCGUUUAACACGCGUUUAGAACUAAUUAAGAUGCAUGCCAGUCCCGCCCUCCCCUUUUCCGACGCCCACUUUCCCAGGGUUCACUAAAGCCCCCCACUCAGCACCCGAUCCACAAGCCAACGACUGUUAGUUAUCAAUCUGGACAACAUAGAAGUGGCGUUUUGUUGGCGAAAAUCUGUUAAUUCGGCGCUUACGUAUUACUGAAAUUGAGCGUCUACAAGGUUAUUAAAUCAGCAUGCGAAUAGUGUUUGUCGUUGCAUACACCGUCGGUCAUUGUCGCAUGAUAAUAAACCUACAAUUGUUUGCAGAGAACAUGCGCUGCAAUUAGAUUGGAAUCUGAAUUUUGUGCUUCGAGGACUCUGGACUUAAGCGACUCCUGAGUUGAUUCGCUCGUUCUCGUUCCAGUAUAAAAGCGUUCGUUUGAUGUGGUUAUCUUCAGCCGGGUUUUGCGCUCUUCCCGAGGUCGAAGAAAUCGAGUGCGUUGGCACAAAAUCUGCCGUCGUUCGGACGGGUGUUGGUAUUGGCCAAAAAAAUACGGAUGCCGACGAUGGGCAGAGAAGACCAACUAACCACCGUAAAAAUGCAAUUACCGCUAGUUAAUGCAAUAACCUUUCAUCACAGUGCUUCGCCAACACUCACGGCGGUACUAGGGGGGCAUUAUUACUACUAACAACAGUUUGGGUAGCAACAGGGGCUGUUGCGGCAAAGGUAAAAUUGCUGAUCUGAGUUACGUUUGAAUUAUCUGUGCAUUUUAUUUGCAAUCAAGCCUUUUAAAAUGGACAGUAAACGCCCUUGUCCGGGCAUUAAAACAGUUAACAAUUUUCACAUCAUGGAUUAACACUCUUCUGUUAAGCCAAGUAAGGGGCCAGUAAGUCGUUACUAUAUACGUGAGCUUGUCUAGGGUUCCCCGCUGCAAUUUAGAUGGUGUACUUGCAUGCCUACUCAGGAAAGACGCAGCGAAUGGUGUGCAACGCCAAUACGGCCCGAAACCUUUGUGGUCAGGUUGUGUAGCCGCAGAUGUCGCCAGCACGAAACUGAAUAGUGCUGCUUCACCACGAAAACUGCAAGCAGUCAAGUUAUUCAACCGCAAGACCUCAUAGAGCGAGUUACGUCAGCCCUCGAGAAGUGGUGAAUGAACCUCGGGGUACCUUGUCGUACACACUGAUGAGAGUAUGUGCCACGUAAGCAGUGACCGCUAAGUUUUUAACGGAAGAAGGAUUCCCAAGGUAAGAGGACAGCAUUCUAUUAAAGUCAGUUUGUAACCUGGCGACAGGAAAUUGUGAUUCGUGGAUUGGAUGUCGGCAAUUCAGAUAUUUAAGAUGUCUUUGAGAAACAAGCGCUUAAGCUAGGAUAAGGACAUUUGGUCCUGCUCUUCUCAGCAGAUAUUGGUAAAUGCCACUUUUUGAGAUUGACUUGAGUAGUUAUUCGCCCGAAUAGGUAGAGAUUGUUUUGGUAAUUGAUGCACCCGAUGUCCCACUUGGUCCCCCGAAGACAAUCCAUGCAAUCCAAUCCCAUAGGGAGGUUUGUGGACAUAUAAAGGAGACCGCGGAAUGACCUCCUUCCGCGGAGUUGAUGACCAGGUCGUGUGUGGUACGCUCAGACGAGUCGUCAUCCGCUGCCUCAUAUUCGGCCGUCAUAACUUUUCCUGCCAUUCGAAUAGAUCCGACCGGUUGUAGUCAUAGUCAGUCGGUGUUAUUUUUUCGCGCCUGAGCCCACAGUUACGGACCAAGGACACAGGGGUUAUGUGAACCUUAUUCUCUCAUUAUUGAGCAAGCGGUGCUGCCGAUCAAACAGAAAUUAGCCAUCUCCAGGUCGGUGUUGAGUCCUGUCGGAGUAGUGGGGGGCCCAUUUCAGUUUUACAGAAUCAUUGUGUAGCAGUAAUUGCUGAUGAGACACACGCCGGUUGCUGCUGAAAUCAUUACUUGUCCGUUGUAUGUUUGGGCCCACGCCAGGGAAAACGCUUCUGACGAGCAGAUUGAUCAUCUCGCUGUCCCCGUUCUCGUCUAACUUUUUGUUUUCUCUUUCACUUUGCAAGCAGAACAUCCUUAAAAGCUGGACUGGGCCAUAUUGGUCUAACUACUGGAAAAAAAGGUCCUUGCUUGUUGCGUCUCCUUUACAGAUCGUUGCUCUCUCUCUCUCUCUCUCGCACUAGGUCCAAUGGAGUGAACUCUCCGCUGAAGGACUUACACAAGUCAGAAAUGAGCGAUCUUGUUCGUCAACAAACUGACCAGUGGAGCAGUCUGAAGGCCGGACAAAUGAAAGAAGUCCACCAAUUGGUCCUCACCUUUAUGGACGCUCGAAAGGAACUCCUAUUGAAGGUUUGCAACUAGCCAUGUUGACUUGUUUGUCUAGUUUGUUGGCUAAAAUGUUCAGCGGAAGUCUUUAAAGAGCUCCCCCUCUCCCCCCGGCAACACUAUCUGGAUCCACUAGUUUUCAUGCUAUUAAUAACGAUCUUUUGGCUUUUCGGGUGUAGUCACUUGACUCGACAUUUAUGGCUUUUAGAAUCAUAGACGAAGCCCGAGUUUAGCCGUACUGUUACGCGGAAACACGAACUGUCCAGCAAGACGACGGUUUCUGCUUAGACACCUGCAUGUGACACGAGUUGGCGGGGGCUUCUAACUACGCCAGCCACCGCUUAACUUCAUUUGUAAUCGAAUGUGCGUGGGCUGGCCUCUUUUAGUGUAUCGCGACCACAUUCGUGGCUUUAAAGGUUCUCAGCUGACGAUAUAACGCAUUCUACUACUUAGAACUGAAAGUCAAGUUGCAAUAACCUCUCUCCUUGCUGUGGACCUUUCAGUAUUCACCCUCCAGUGAGCUUAAAGAAGCCGUAUUGAUGUGUAGCCUUUUAGAUUGGCAAACUUUAGAGAUCCGGGAAGAUUAUUUGAAGAAGAAAAUAGGCUCUCCGGAACAGGUUUAUUUACCUGCUGACGUUUCAAAGAGCUGGGUCGGCUCUUCAUUGUCAAAGCGUAAAAUGCACCUAAUCGAUCAGAAGUUUAAUUUAAAGUGGCAUCUUGUGUUGGUCGGCCUUAUGCUGAUCGAUUUUUCUCUCCUCUCGCUGCCUCAGUCUCUCGGGAGGUGGUGGACGGGCGUUUGGCCUGUGUGCUUUGCGGGUCACCACUCCGUCGAGGGGAGCUGAGUGAAUCUCUGUCGGGCGGUCAGUCUGGCGGUUCUUGUUCCUCCUCACCGAGUAGACUCGGCGUCAGGCUAUCUCCGUAGGGCCUUCUUAAGUCUGGUGUGGUUGUUUGGUCCUGAGCUCUACGAUUGUGAUGACGUAGGACUUUGUAAGCUGCAGGAAGGUCCAGAUGCUUGUUGAUAGAGUGGGCAUCGGAGAACCAAGCCUCGAGAGUUAGCCGUUCUGCUUUUGUGUUGCCUCGACCUAAGAUGUUAGCCCUCUGGAGGUCAAAAGUAUGCCCUGUUUCUCCAACGUGUGUUGCUAGUUGAGAGUUAGGGUCUAACCUCCGAGUGGCCGAUUUGUGCUCUUGUAGGCGAGUUUGCAAUUUCCGCCCGGUUUCGCCCACAUAGUUGCAGUCGCCCUCAUUGCAAUUUAUUUUGUAGAUGACUGCUGAGGUUUCAGCGGGUGACAAUGGGUCCUUCGGUUGCAUCAGGCGACGUCGAAUUGUUGCUUGUAGCCUUUUGUCGGCUAGAACCCAGCACGCAUGUAGCACGCGUAGACGGCUUCGGCCUCACCAACCCUUACGUCUGCGUUAAUUUCCAGUCGUUUCGACUCAACUUUUUCACUGGAACGUGGUGGGUGUGAGAAAAAAUCGGAGUAGAUACUGCUUAAGUAUGCCUCAUUAGAAGUGGGUUCACGCGCAGGCCAAGGAUGCCCCAUCCGGGAUAAUAGUGGUCCUCGUUUCUUGCCAUGGAACCUGUACUACCACCGUCGCCCCCUCCCUCCUGUCAGUCUGACCAUGAGGGGCGUCCAUCGGACCAAGGCGAAUCGUGCAGAGAGCAGUCAGUCUCCGAAAAUGGGCUGGUUGAAACUUCAGGUCCCUCUUGGUGAACGCUGCCGCACUGUCUGCUGGGCACAGUAUCUUCACGGCUCUCAAUACUCGUUCUGUAAAGCAGAUCCUUCAUUCCUCUUCGCAUUAUCACUUCCCAACGUGCGAGUAGGCGAACAUUUGCUGAAAUCGUGUCAGGAAGCCGUCAGGGUGGAUGUGUAUCGUGCUGAGUAAUUUGACGGCUGAGAAGUGCUCGCGAAAAGACAGAACUUGAUGGCUAUUUUUCGGCCUGUUUUCUUCGGGGAAUCAGUGGCGCAGUGUGCGCCUAUUCCAUUUUGAAUAAGUACCCGUUCUGUAGCGACAAACAGUGCCGGCUAACGGGACAUCGAUGAACCUCCUUUUGGUGAAGUACUUAUGAUCCGUCUGGAAGAGACCGCGCCUGUGGCCACCUGUGCCCCAGAUGGCUUUUUCUGCUGGCUUUGAUUUGUUCAGCCUUGCCGCCUGCCUUGUAUUGCAACCGUGCUCUCGUUGCACGUACAGUUAGUGACCUAACUCAUGAAAUGUGUCGAAAUGUAGGAAUGAUUGCCAAUCACUCGCAAACCGACACCAUUCCAUGAGUCCAACGUCUAUGUUAAUUAAGUACAAGCUUAAAAAAAUCAAAAACAUAAAAGAAAUAGUAAAGGCAGUGUUGCGUUGUUUAGAAAUGCCGAUUGCUUUAGAAAAGCGCAAUAUCCCGAAAACGUCAGAAAUGGUCCUUAUUUAGUAAACUUUGUUUUUAGAUGUAUAGAAUGUAUUCUCAUACCGCAAACCUAGUAAAUAUGAAAGUAGAAGUAAAAUAACGUCUAAUAAUAGUGUUUCAGUGGAGUUUACAUCUGAAUAUCGUUUAAUAAUUAGUGUGCUUUAAUAUAUGAUGGUUUGUCAACUGCCUACAUUCUGAGUGUGGAUUCCAAAACAGUUUUCCGGGGUUCCGUGUUAUCCUUGACGUUUUUGAGUUAAAUGAGAUGGGGUUCAACAAGAGAAACUGGAUGUUGCUUGAUUUCACCGAUGGGGACGUCGUAGGAACAAAGUUUUCAUAAGGUGACAUGCCAUGUGGCCGGUCGGUGCCUAAUAAAUUUAAAUAGAACUGACAGGCGGAAUCGUAAACAUACCAUUUUGUGUUUAUAGAGAGAACUUUUCUUCCGUCAAAUUAAUUUACACUUUCCGUUCGUUUUGGAUUACGUUGAGUUUUGGAUUGGCCUCGAAAUAUUGCUGAAUACUUCAAGAUUUUCAGUGUAUUCACCCGAUCGUCCAUAAAGACAGAUUCUGAAUUAGUUGUCUGUUAAGAACUUUAAACUAAGAUAAUUCUUGAAGGAAUUAACCGAAUUAGUGAGUUUUCGGGCGCUCCUUUUCCCGAAGAUGGUCGUUUGAGUCACAUGUGAAGGUUCAUUCAAACAUCAAACUUCAUUUUCGAGAAAAAUGGCUGUCAAAAACGAAAGUCAGCAACGAAUAUGCCUUCGAUCAAUGAAAAGACUUUCCUUAAUAAGUUACCCUUUUAAGAAGUGCUUUAUAACUGCACUCCGUUGACGGAUCUCUGUGUACUUUGCAUUUCUGCACGGUAGACCAAGUAAAAAUUGGACACUUUUAGCCGUUUCUUUCACAUUCCUAAACAAUACUAAUAUUUUUCCUCCGUAAACGUAAGAACAUGCCUUCCUCUACACAUUGAGGCAAUUUCCACUGUUUUUGCUCGCUUCUAGACUCAGUUCUUCGAUUAUGAAUGUACGGCAGAACGCUCACAUAAAUACUGAUAUUUUGCUGAAACCAUUAAUGUUUUGCUCGUUCUAUUUGUGAAUAAGGUAUUCACAGAAACUAAACUUCACGACGAGUAGUGUUUCAUAUGUUCGAAACUGGAAAUGACCAUUCGGUGGUGGUCAUUUAUGUGACAUCAGGUAGAAUUUUCCAAACGGCAAAAGAAUUUCAGCCCAUUUAAACGAAGGGGUCCCUAUCUGCGUUAUUACUGCACUUAGAGCAUCAAAUCGCAUAGAUCUGCUAAUUUGACAUUUAGAAAUUGAUAAAGCCUCUGGUUUUCUUAAAAUAACCUUUGUGUUAGCAGGUUGAUUACCACGGUUAAAGUCGGACAUAAAAUAAAUUUUCAAGUCCGGUUAAAUCUGUUUAUUAAAACUCUCGCGGGUAAAUUACUAUCCUUUCGAUGAAAAAGUCGCUCAGAUGCGUAACCGGAGUCUAUGACAUGUAUUAGCAUAAGAAACUGCACAAAUAUAUUCCAACGUCCAUUUUCGCUAAAAACAUUUACUGAUAUUUUGCUUGAUACAAUUACGUAAACACAAUUUCUCCGGGUACGCAUCUGGGCGAAUUUUUCAUUGAAGGGAUAGCAAUUUACCCGCGAGAGUUUUAAUAAACAGAUUUAGCUGAACUUGGAAAUUUAUUUUAUGUCCGAUGUUAACCGUGGUAAUCAACCUGCUAACACAAAGGUUAUUUUAAGAAAACCAGGAAUUUUAUCAAUUCCUAAAUGUCAAAUUAGCAGAUCUGUGCGAUUUGGUGCUCUAAGUGCAGUAAUAACGCAGAUAGGGACCCCUUAAAUUAAAUGGGCUGAAAUUCUUUUGCCGUUUGGAAAAUUCUACCUGAUGUCACAUAAAUGGACAUUUCCGUAAUGGACAUUAUAAUGGACAUUACGUAAACACAAUUUAUAAUAAUGGACAUUACGUAAACACAAUUUCUACACAAGGACAUUUCCUUGAAGGAUGUCGAUGACCGAACAAAAUGCGUAAAGUUAAAGACGUCCAGAAAUUCUCGCAUCAGUUUCCGUUGUCAGAUUUCAUGAGAUAGGUCGCGUACUGUACUUUGGUUUGUCUGUUGGCUCCUGGCAGAUUCCUGCCACUCCAAUUUUGAUCAUUGGCCGACAUGCGUGACUUGCCUUCCGUCGUGAUUGUCACUAGGUCUACGUGCUCUCGGCUUCCCCCCUUCUUGAACGGCCAUCCCGUGAUUGCCUCUUCUUUCCACUUAUCCCUGGGGACACGCACUUUCGCUUCUGGAGGUAGAUUGAAACAGAGUUGCUUCGGGCUUGUUUGCCCUCAUUCAGCCAACCAUAAUCCUGACCACUAGCUGGAACCGGAAGCCAAACAUGCGCACCUGGUGCUGUCUUAGUCAAACUUACAGUACUGUUUCGGGCUUGUUUGCCUUCAUUCAGCCAACCAUAACCCUGACCACCAGCUGGGACCGGAAUCACAAACAUGCGCACAGACGCACCUGGCGCAGCUGGUCCACCACUGGGGUCUACCAGAUGGGUCAUAAGCACUUCAUCGAACCGAAGUUCAUCAGUGCCUCGCCACCUGCCAUUCUCUGUCGCUGCAGAUCGGGUAUUUAUUCACUCAGGAAUGGGCGCACACCGAUCUACUGGCUUCCCGAAGCAAACAAGCUUCGUGUGGGCAAUAGGGGUCACGAGCAGGCAACCACCUACCAGGCCGAAGUCGGCCAAGCUAUGAUAGCAGAGCGGAUACGACAGAGUCUGGGGGGUAGAUUGAUACAGCACUGUUUCGGGCUUGCUUGCCCUCAUUCAGCCAAUCAUAACCCUGACCACCAGCUGGUACCGGAAACACAAACAUGCGCUCAGACGCACCUGGCGCAGCUGGUCCACCACUGGGGUCUACCAGAUGGGGGUCAUAGGCACUUCAUCAAAAUGAAGUUCAUCAGUGUCUCAUCACCUGACAUUGUCUGUCAGGUAUUUAUUCACUCAGGAAUGGGCGCACACCGAUCUUUUAGUUUCGCGAAGCAAGCAAGUCUCGUAUAAAUGUAGAAAUCGCGAAUAGGCAACCAUUUACUGGACCGAAGUCGGGCAAACUAGGAUAGCAGAGGAAAGACCACGCAUAUAUAGGUAGGAAAAAAACUACCAAAAAGACGAGGGAGACGGGCAUGGCCAUUCCCGACGCAUUAACUGUCGUAAACCGGCCAUACCUGACCACGCGUUUUGCAAUCCCUGGGGCUCUGACUUGCUAGCCAUUGGUUAGAAGUCCAACGCUCUAAGCAUUGAGCCUCGGGCUCGUCCUGUCAGUUGCGAUCGAUUGCAUUAACAAUAGCGGAAGGGCGUUCAUUCAUCGCGUUGCGGGGUUCACUUAUCCCGUAGCAUAGACAGAACAGCGUUGCCGAAAAUGACAAGGGAGAUUGGAACGGCCAUUUCUGGCCAGUCACCAGCCAGUCAUACCCAUCUCCGAAGUGUGAAACACCUGCGGCUCGAUCCCGCGACCUAUUGAUUAGAAGUCCAACGUCACUAACCUGGAGUUCCAUACUUCGGAGUUGCGUAUGACUGACUGACGACGACUAAUAAGCCAGAAAUAGCCAUUCCACCCUCCCUUGUCUUUGUCGGUAAUGCCAUUCUACCUAUAUCCUGCGGCGCCGUGCGGUUGCCGGUCAGGCUCGGGAAAGAGAGCCCCAAUGCAUAACGGGACGAGUGAGUUCCGUAAAAACGAUCCGUGAGAGCCCCUCUAACAUUUGUACAUUUACUCUAGUCUGACGAUGACCAGGUGACCGACGUCCUACUUUUCUCUAAAAACCUACUAUCUUCAAAUUAUAUUUCUUGGGAUGCCUGCCUUUUAACAUAUAUGUAUAUUAGGAAGAUGGAAUUCUUUGGGAAACAGUAAACUUUAUAGUGUAAAUUUUUGAAACUGGUUCUCCAGCUCGUCUUCAGACAACGGGCGUGCAAAAACAAUUAACUUCUAAACCGAGUCUGACAAAAGAUUCUAUGAUUGGUUAAAGCCAUCUUCUCGGGAUUGGUUAGGCCAGUUUGAAUCGGUCCUUAACGAUUUUAUAUGUGGCAUCUAGAUCAAUAUGCCGGCUGAUGCAUGCCUCAUCUGAGUGUACUGCCUCCAGGAAUUCGCGGCCCAUACUUAUUGGGCAGACGCCAACAAGGCGAGUUUUCUCUCAUGCAAAUUUGUGCCCAGUGUCCAGUGUGUGCAUAGCCACCUGGGAUAGAUGGUCGCGUCUCUUUACCGCGAACUGAUGCUCAUGUAUCCGGGUUGAGACAUAUUUUCCAAUUUGGCCACAAUAGACGGCAUCAUAACCAAUCAUGGAAUCCUUUGUCAGACUCGGUUUAGAAGUUAAUUAGUUUUGCACGCCCGUUGUCCAGGGACGAGCUGGGGAACCAAUCUCGAAAAUUAACACAAUAAAGUUUACCGUUUCCAAAAAAAUUCCACCUUGGGUUGCCUUUUUUUUCAAUUCAUAUAUGUGUAUAUAUGGUCAACUUAUUAUACCGUACUAACUGUGGGCUCUGCGAACUGGGAAUUGCAGAAGGAAUGAAGAAAGACAUUAAAAUAGUCAUUUCUACUUGUUGUACAACUGACUGCGGGAGCAUAUCAGCAGCUUCUGGAGAGAACGGAACAGGAGUAUGUAUGCAGCCGGAUCGAGGAAGUACAUCUUCCACGUUAUUGUUGAUACCCUAGUUCGCACUCACUAGGAUAUGUGCCCAGGGCCCAAUUGGUGGAGCGUUUGACACAAAAUUUCUCCACCGAAGUGGCUCAACUUUAAGCCGAAUGCAUUCCCACCUUUUGAAAAGACCACAUAUAAUUUGGACAACAGAGUGGCGGCAACGUACCCAGAGGGUGGAACUCCUUUUUAGGUAGGGUCCUAAAGGGUGCACUGCUAAGAAAUCAGGUAGUAGAGCAUGUGCCAAUGCCCAACCUGGAGGACCUCGACAGGUAAUGAAAGUUGAAACAAGUUCCCUAUGGGUCCGUCUCGCAACUCCUCCUCCCAGUUGCCCCCUUCAAUGAGAAAAUACAUUAACUAGCAUUUCUUUUGACGGCUAUUUUACGCGCUCACCCGAACUGAUGCAUAAACGCUCCAACUACGAGCGCAGAAACUGAGCGAAUCCACAGCCAUUUGUGCUAACUUGCUGCCUCGGUCGGUUAUUUGUUUUAGAUCCUUCGGGAGGCCCACGAGGACCAGAAACGAGAACUGAAGCAGAUCCAGGAGCGCGAAAACAAGGAGAUGAAAGCCCAACAAACUAAAAUCUCAAUCGAGUCCAAUCGAACGGUCAUGUGCGAUCGCAAGUUAAAGAAUAAGGCGGAACGAGACAGGCGGAUACGCGAGCUGAACGACUACAAUACGAAGCGCUUCAUCGACCAGCGUAAGGCUCAGGCUCAACGAAACGAGCGGCAAAUACAGGAGCUCUGCAAACGACACGAAGAGGAGGAACAGGGAGUCGUAACCGGCGUUAACAGGGUAGGCUUCUUUCAUGCUCAUCAGUUUCGCAGCCCUACUUGGGCGGUCGACUGAGACUUCUCUUAAUUAGCAUGCAUUUUCCUUAUCGAUUUUCGAUGUCCUUAAAAAUUCAAUUAUAUUUCAUGGAAAACAUGCAUAAAAAUAUUCGAUCUUUUACUUAUUCGGUAGAAAAUCACGUCUUCUUCCAAUUUUAUACUCGAAGGAAGAGUAUAAUAUGGUUUUAAAAAACUUUUCUAAUUCCCGAAUAAUUUUGAACCCGAUCUGCUGUUAUACUUGCAUUCAGGGUUUCAAAACCACAUGCCGUAUAUUUUCCCUGCACGGAAAACCACACUUUUCUCUACGGUAUUAAGAGGAGACCAUAUAGGUUUCAUAAAAUUAAGCAGCGGAUUUGAGCAAUAUUGCUAACUUUACAAGCCACAUUCGUAAAUGCAGAUGCAUGACGUUUUAUGAACGGUCAUUUCACGGUAUUAAAAAAUCUUACAAUUAGAAACUUUUUGGAACCGAAUUAUACCCUUCUUUCGAGAAUAAAAUCGGAAGACGUAAUUUUCUACCGAAUAAACGAAUGAAUAUUUUAUGUAUUUUUUUCAUAAAAUAUAAUUGAACUUUUAAGGGCAUCGAACAUUAAUGAGAAAGUUGCACGCUACUUAAGUAGUCAUUUUUGCAGAGUAUAGUACUUGUAUGCAGUCGGAAAUAAGUUCAUUCGAAAGCUGGCACCCUGUGGUAACUGGAUCAUCAUCGAAUUAUGCUGGACAGUGAUUAAUUUUACAACCGUAAUACAUCUUUUCGAAACGAGAGCGCAUUUCGAAAUUUCGGCCGACAUUUCAUGAGUUUGCCCAUCUACUGUAAAUUCCUAUGCUCAUCAGUCUCGCAGCCCUACUUAGGCGGUUGCUCAGGGAUGUCGACUGAGACUUCUCAAGUUUCAGCGCUUCGUAUAUUUACGACUUCUUCCUAUACGGUGACAGUAGGCAAUAGACUUGAAUUGCACGGGUAGUCUUCUGCUUAGUCGGAGGUCGCCGGACGUCAUAGGACCGGGAGACUUGCAGGUUCUGCUUGCUGCUAAGAGGAUUUUAUUCCAUUUGAUGACACUUUAGCGCAUCGUGUCUGACAGAAUGAAGGCCUCAGUGACGCAGUGCAGUACAUGUGCUAACUCAUGAAAUGUCAACCAAAAUUCCGAAGUGCAUUCUCGUUUCGAAAAGAUAAAUUAAGUAGUGUUGUAAAACUAAUCAUGAUGCAGGAUAAAUCUAUAAUGAUCCAGUUACCUUAGGGUGUCUGCUUUCGAAAGAACUUAUUUUCGGCUGCAUGCAAGAUCUAUGCUCUGCAAAAAAUGACUACUUAUGUAGUAUGCAAUUUUCUCAUUGAUUUUCGAUGCCCUUGAAAAUUCAAUUAUAUUUCAUGGAAAACAUGCAUAAAAUAUUCAUUCUUUUACUUAUUCGUUAGAAAAUCACGUCUUCUUCCAAUUUCAUACUCAAAAGAAGAGUAUAAUUCGGUUUUAAAGAAGUUUCUAAUUGUGAGAUUUUUUAAUACCGUUAAAUGGCCGUUCAUAAAACGUCAUGUAUCUGCAUUUACGACUGUGGCUUGUAAAGUUAACAAUAUUGCUCAAAUCCACUGCUUAAUUUUAUGAACCUCAUAUUGUCUCCUCUUAACACCGUAGAGAAAUGCAUGGUUUUCCGUAUACGAAAAAUAUACAGCCUGUACUUUUGAAACCCUGAAUGCAAGUGUAACAGCAGGUCGGGUUCAAAAUUAUUCGGAAAUCAGAAAAGUUUUUUAAAACCGAAUUAUACUCUUCUUUUGAGUAUGAAGUUGGAAGAAGACGUGAUUUUCUACCGAAUAAGUAAAACAAUGAAUAUUUUUAUGCAUGUUUUCCAUGAAAUAUAAUUGAAAAUCAAUGAGAAAAUUGCAUGCUACUUAAGUACUCAUUUUUGCAGAGUGUAGAUCCUGCAUGCAGCCGAAAAUAAGUUCUUUCGAAAGCUGACACCCUGAGGUAACUGGGUAAUUAUAGAUUUAUGCUGCAUCGUGAUUAGUUUUACAACACUACUUAAUUUAUCUUUUCGAAACGAGAACGCAUUUCGAAAUUUUGGUUGACAUUUCAUGAGUUAGCACAUCUACUGUAUCUUCUAACUCCGAGUGUCGUCAUUUUGCGAAUCCUGAUACAGUUUCGCGUGCAUGCUUGCAGGAAACUUGACCGGCUGUAUGGACAACUCACACCAAAAGUUGUUGUCGCCGUUACGUUGGCGGUGCUGCAGAUGUGCUGAUCCACAAAAAGGGUCAGACUGGCUCACAACACGCAGUUGUCAGGCUGUUCUGAACUUGCACGUGCUCACUAAUUAACCGCCGUACAUGCGUGUGGUGGCGCGCCUUGCCCCUGGACCUUCACGUCGCGUCAGCCGUUGCGCCGAUCCCAUAACCAGCUGACUGACAGACCCCGACAGUCGACUGAUGCAUGCAACAGGGUGAGGCCGACGCUGGAGAUUGCAUCCUCACUGAAAUAAAUCUGACGCGCUUGAAUCUGUCACGACGCGCUACCAGUCCUGACUUAUGCGACUGCCGACCGACGAGAUAACACAGUCUCCUCAUGGUGAACAUAGUGAAGUGACUGGUGGACUGAGUCAAGUUGUAAUGGCCCUUGUCAAUGCGGCGCUUGUGUGUCACUCUCACCUAUGCGAGAUCUGGGCUGGCCUUACAAGAACUUGGUGCACGAAACGGGGAGUGGGCCGUGCAUGACACGCGUAGAGGGGAUGUUCAGGCAGGUCAGCCCUUAAGUAAUUUGUCGUUGAUCUAAAAGCGACCUCAACUACGCAGUUCUUUCUGACUACAAAAGUCCUCGUUUUGUGCGCCACCCGCCCCCUCAUAACUCCGGUAGUCAUGACAUUGUCGUGCCGUCGGAAGAAAGUGAAUGAGUGCGGCAGAUGCAGCGCACGUCGGCCUCACCAUUAACUAAUUCAGAGACAUAUCACCGAUGCUACCCCCACACUCCGUUGGACGUCGUUGCUUGCGGCGGUCGAACAAUCGCAUACUUGGACAGGUGUCAGAGUGUAAUGUUUUGCAGUGGCAUACAGUUUGACACGAGAAUAAGGGAGUCCCUGUACUACAGAUGGUCUUACAGUAGAUGGGCUAACUCAUGAAAUGUCAACCGAAAUUCCGAAAUGCGUCUUCGUUUUGAAAAGAUUAAUUAAGUAGGGUUGUAAAACUAAUCAUGAUGCAGGAUAAGUUUAUAAUGGUUCAGUUACCUCAGGAUGCCGGCUUUCGAAUAAAUUUCCUUCCGGCUGCAUACACAAACUACACUCUGGUAAAGAAGGACUACUUGAGUAGCCUGAAUUUUUCACAUUGAUUUUCGAUGCCCUUAAGGGUUUAAUUAUAUUUCAUGAAAAGAAUGCAUGAUAAUAUUUAUUCUUUUGUUUAUUCGGUAGAAAAUAACGUCUUCUUUCAAUUUUAUUCUCAAAGGAGGAGUAUAAUUCGGUUUCAAGAAAGUUUCUAAUUGUGAGAUUUUUAUAAGACUGAAAUGGCCGUUCAUAAAACGUCAUGUAUCUGCAUUUACCAAUGUGGCUUGUAAAUUUAACAGUAUUGUCCAAAUCCACUGCUUACUUUUAUGCACUCCGUAUGGUCUCCUCUUUGUGCCGUAGAGAAAUGCAUGGUUUUCCGUACGCGGAAAAUAUACGGCUUGUAGUUUUGAAACCCCGAAUGCAAGUAUAGCAGCAGCUCGGGUUCAAAAUUAUUCGGGAAUUAGGAAAGUUUUUUAAAACCGAAUUAUACUCUUAUUUUGAGUAUGAAGUUGGAAGAAGACGUGAUUUUCUACCGAAUAAGUAAAAGAAUGAAUAUUUUUAUGCAUGUUUUCCAUGAAAUAUAAUUGAAUUUUCAAGGGCAUCGAAAAUCAAUGAGAAAAUUGCAUGCCACUUGAGUGGUCAUGUUUUGCAGAGUAUAGUUUUUGCAUGCUGUCGAAAAUAAGUUCAUUCAAGAGCCGGCACCCUGCGGUAACUGGAUUAUUAUAUACUUAUGCUGUAUGAUGAUUACUUUUACAGCCCUACUUAAUUUAUCUUUUCGAAAUGAGAACGCAUUUCGAAAUUUUGGUUGAAAUUUCACGAGUUAGCCCACCUACUGGCAUGCAUAAGGGGAUCAGACUGCCUGACCAGCCGUUGCGCCCAAGCUUGUCUUCAGUUAUAUCGCCACAGUGCUGCCACUGGAACAUGGCGUGGGUGAGUGAAUUUGAUGCUUCGCAAGUCCGCUUCACCCAUAGGCUCUCUUGCCCUCUUGAAGGUGGUUAUGGUCGUGGUCGAGUAUGCGGGCGACCAGGGAAUGCAACGAUUUUUGUUCCACUGCAUUAGCAGCCUCAUCGUCUUCCAUUUGAUAAUAACUACCCGAAUAACAGAGGAGGCGGGGAAAUCGUUGCAAGUCAAGUUGGUUUGCCUUUCCCCUUGCUGGAGACACUGUGCGAAGAUGUGCUCUUAGAGUUACUUUGCAAGAAACGGACGGUUUUUGGUGGAUUGUGGCUGACAUGUUGUCGUCCUUUGCCUACUGACAUCCGACAUAGUCACCUGGGGAAGGCAUCCAUCGGUCUGUCAGGAUGCCAGAUCAGAAUAGGCGGUUUUCCCCGUCUUGCUUUGAGCUCAAAAUUCGAAGUUUUAGCGAGACCGUUGGAUUUCAAACCAGCUUCACCCCGGUUCAGACUUCCGUUCUUCCCUGACACCACUGGAGUAUGGCCGAUCGACGACUGUAUGUACGCAAGGGGCAGUCGCUAUGCUGCCAUAAGGGGUUCUAACGACGAGUUCGAAGAUCUGUGUUCGAACGCCCCUAUUGGGCCGGACACAGAUGUUGACCCUCCGGAUCUAUUGCGCAAGGCCACAGGCGAUACAGGAAUCAUGGUAAAAGGGGCCGCUUAGGAGACAAAACAUGGUAUUUCUAGGUAUAAAUGAAAGGGGAGACCGUUUUUGCGCUGCAUUCUUGUCUCAAUGCAUAAAAUGCACUUUAUGGGGAGAUAGUUCGAGGGGGGGGGGUACACAUAUCCGUACUCUACCCCAGCCAGUUCAGAAGACGUUCAUUCACUGAGUAUCUAGCGGGCCCCGCUUUGAAGUAUGUCCUCGGGGUAUGAGUUGACGAUAGACUUGGGGCCACGCGUCGAUCUUCCUUUACGGCCUAGGUACCUUGUUAAUAUCUGUAGUUCCGCACAGUGUUUGCCCUUCCCCUUUUUCACUAACCUUUCAUUUUGCCUUUUUCUUCAGGAAAGAGACGAACUGAUACACAGUUAUCAGGAGGAGCUUCUGGCCAGCAAGCGGACAACUGUAAUAUGA